AUGGAGGAGCUGAGGGGGCACCUGGUGGUUGGCUCUAACCCGCCCUUUCUCGUCGACCUCUUCCGCAACAUACCCAAGAGAAGGGUUCUCACAGGGGGGCCCCCCAGAGGGGGCCCCCCUGCUCCUACAGGUGGGGGGCCCCUGGCGAAUAUGGGGGCCCCGUCAGGGGCCCCCCAUAUCCAUGAGGGCCCCCAACCUCACGGGGCCCCCUCGGGGCCCCCAGUUGACAAGGGGGUCCCCUCGCCGGGGGCCCCCCAAGUACCUAAUGGGCCCCCCCCAGUUCAGGGGGCCCCCUCAGUGCAGGGGCCCCCGUCAGCGCAGGGGCCCCUCGCUCUCCAGGGGGCCCCCAGGGUACAGGGGGCCCCCUCAGUGCGGGGGCCCCCGUCAGCGGAGGGGGCCCCCAUUGCUGAAGAUUUUGUGUUUUUUUUGUCGCAUUUUCACGCGGAUCAUUACGGGGGUUUGACGAGGAACUGGAAGAGAGGCCCCAUCUGGUGCUCCAGUGUUACAGGAAACCUAGUAGAAAGGGUUUUGGGGGUUCCUUCAUAUUUUAUUAUGCGGCUACCGAUCGGCCGCAGAGUGAAAAUCAAAGAAAUUUUUGUAACUCUUAUAGACGCAAACCACUGCCCCGGCAAGGAGAAGAUUGCUCUUCACUUGGCUCGCCACUGCAACCUCCGCAUAUUCAUAUCGCCGCAGAGACGGAGGGUUUUCAGCUGUCUCGAGUUUCCUCCUGAGGACUCAGCGCUGUUUACAGAGAAAGCAGAUGAAGCCCAAGUUGAUUUGGUACCCAUGAACGUCUGCGGUUCAACGUUUCCUCCUCGAGGGAACUUCAACGGAAUUCGCCAGCACCUGCAAACCCUCGGCCUUUCUGAGGCAACGCGAGUUGUUGGGCUUAAAACCCCUACAUGCAGACUCACCGCUUUGUAUUCCAGCUGA